AUGGUGGUUCAGUUCCAGUGCGAUUUCGGAUAUCAGAUGAUGGGACCAGACUUUUUGCAGUGCUUAUCGGACGGUUCUUGGAACGGCACAGCACCGUUUUGCCUUCCAGCUACCUGUCAAGGGCUCAAGAAUAACUCCGCCGUUGGUUUGUUCGUGUCACCGGAGAACAGCACCAUUGCCUAUGGUCAAAACGUUUCAAUAGUUUGCACACAGCAGAGAAUAGACCUGAGCAUUUAUGAACUUAUCGUAGCCAUUUAUUUCAGCACGAACAAAACUUCACCCUUGGCGUCAUUCCGUGAGUGCGUUUUUGAUCCGCAACCAGACGGUCGAGAGUACUGGCUUUCUGGUCCACCAGCUGAUUGCCCAUUUGUGGACUGUGGACCACCUCCUGUUCUAGCCGGCGCGGUUUACGAGGGUGAUCAUGGCAGCUACAAGGUUGGAUCAACGCUGACAUUCACUUGUCGUCCACCAUACUCACUGGUUGGCAAAUCAUCAGCUGGCGAUAAAAGCGUUCGAUGUGGCGUGGACGCUUCGUGGGAUCUUGGAGAUUUGCGCUGUGAAGGACCAGUUUGCGUCGAUCCAGGAUUCCCAGAUGACGGUUCCAUUGAACUCAAUAGUGUAGAAGAAGGAGCCGUUGCCAAGUACUCUUGCAAUAGAAAAGGAUAUCGUCCGUUCCCGUCGGCAUCCAUCCAGUGCGCUCUUGGUGCUGCUUGUGUGCUCAGCGAGGACGUUGGAAUCUCGUCCGGAUUCAUUCCAGAUGGAGCUUUUGCGGAUAAUUCGGACAGCACCAACUGGGGCUAUGAACCCCAUAAGGUAAGCACGACUCUCGUCAACUGGUUUGGUGCGGCUCCAAAGGACGCUUUCAUUUUCUUGAGCGUAGAUCUACAGAGAAUCUAUACAUUGACGACGCUCCGUAUGGCUGGUGUGGCUGGUAGCGGCUAUCUCAGGGGCCAUGUGACAAAAAUGCAGCUGUUCUACAAGACACAGUUCAGCCAGAACUACGAUACUUACCCAGUUGAAUUCGAAACACCGUCCGGUAAUCACAACGCGAUGCAUCAGUUCGAACUCACACCACCUCUCCGUGCUCGUUACAUUCUGCUCGGAGUAGCAGAGUACGAGGGAAAUCCAUGUAUUCGAUUCGAUUUGCUGGGAUGUUUAGCUCCAAUGACUCUUUCGCAUGAGAUACCUGCACAUCUACAGUGUUGGUUUGGAAAUGGACUCAGCGCCGCAAAUGCAAUGACGCUGAACGCCGAUCUUUCCAAAAGCUGUACUCUGAGAUCCGAUAUCAUUGCAGAAACAGAUGCAGAACGGUCGAUAAAACGCGAUUCGCUAUGA